CUCGUCUUCCAAAAUCAAGACAUUCCUCACUCACCAAAGAACAUUUUCCCUCUUCUUUCCUUUCUUUCUUUAAAAUUGCUGUAACGAAGCCCCGACAAGACAUCCCGCCCAUCUGCAAACCAGAUCGAGAACCAGCAGCACGUGAGCCAACCCAAGCAGUCCCGGUAAGCGCACAGAGAUGCCAGAUGCUGCUGCUCACCUGCCCUUUUACUACGGCAGCAUUGCCAGGUCAGAAGCGGAGGAGUACCUCAAGCUGGCGGGGAUGUCGGAUGGCCUGUUCCUGCUGCGGCAAUGCCUGCGCAGUCUGGGGGGGUAUGUCCUCUCCAUGGUCUGCAACCUGCAGUUUUACCAUUACGCCAUUGAGCGCCAGAUGAACGGUACCUACGCCAUUGCUGGGGGCAAAGCGCACUGUGGGCCAGAGGAACUCUGUGAAUUUUACUCCAAGGAUGCCGAUGGGCUCUGCUGCACCCUCCGCAAGCCCUGCAACCGCCCCUGUGGUGUGGACCCCCAGCCCGGUGUCUUCGACAGCAUGAGGGACAAUAUGGUGCGCGAAUAUGUCCGGCAGACAUGGAAACUAGAGGGGGAUGCACUUGAACAAGCCAUCAUAAGCCAGGCUCCACAGGUGGAGAAGCUCAUCGCCACCACAGCCCAUGAGAGGAUGCCCUGGUACCAUGGCAGCAUCGCCCGGGAUGAAGCUGAACGGAGGCUCUACUCAGGGGCACAACCUGAUGGGAAAUUCCUGCUGAGAGAAAGGAAGGAAAACAGUGCCUACGCCCUCUCCCUUGUCUAUGGCAAAACAGUGUAUCACUAUCGGAUAGACCAGGACAAGUCCGGCAAGUACUCCAUCCCUGAGGGGACCAAGUUCGACACGCUCUGGCAGUUGGUGGAGUACCUAAAACUCAAACCGGACGGGCUGAUUUUCUACCUGAGGGAAACCUGCCCCAACCCCAACAUGCCAGCAUCUGCAGCACCGGUUCCACCAACCCACCCCUCCAUGAGCAGACACCUUGGGCCUCUCAAUGCAGAUGGAUACACACCAGAGCCUGUAGGUGCAGGAAAGUCACGCCUGCUACCCAUGGACACCAGUGUCUACGAGAGCCCGUACAGUGACCCCGAGGAACUGAAGGAUAAAAAACUUUUCCUGAAGAGGGACCACCUGAUGAUCGAUGAAGUGGAACUGGGGGCAGGAAACUUUGGCUGCGUCAAGAAAGGAGUCUACAAAAUGAGAAAGAAGCAGAUCGAUGUGGCCAUCAAGGUGCUGAAGAGCAACAAUGAGAAAACAGUGAAAGAUGAAAUGAUGAAGGAAGCCCAGAUCAUGCAUCAGCUAGACAACCCCUACAUUGUCCGCAUGAUUGGGGUCUGCGAGGCAGAGUCCCUGAUGCUCGUGAUGGAGAUGGCUUCUGGAGGACCACUCAACAAGUUCUUGGCUUCCAAGAAAGACGAGAUUAUAGUCAGCAAUAUUGUGGAGCUGAUGCACCAAGUAUCCAUGGGGAUGAAGUACUUGGAGGAAAAAAACUUUGUCCACAGAGACCUGGCAGCCAGAAAUGUCCUGCUGGUCAACCAGCAUUAUGCCAAGAUCAGUGACUUUGGACUCUCCAAGGCUCUUGGCGCUGAUGACAGCUACUACAAGGCCAGGACAGCAGGAAAGUGGCCCUUGAAAUGGUAUGCCCCAGAGUGCAUCCUCUAUCACAAGUUCUCCAGCAAGAGUGAUGUAUGGAGCUAUGGUGUAACCAUGUGGGAGGCCUUCAGCUAUGGGCAGAAACCAUACAAGAAAAUGAAAGGCCCAGAGGUCAUCAGCUUCAUAGAGCAAGGGAAGCGCAUGGACUGCCCCACGGACUGCCCGGCAGAGAUGUACGCCCUCAUGCAGCAAUGCUGGACCUACAGAUGGGAAGAGCGUCCAGGAUUUACUACUGUGGAAAACAUAAUCCGCUCCUACUACUACAGUAUUGCUACGAAGACAGAAAAUGGGCCAGAGACAGAGGACAAGUCAAAAGCAGCUCUUCCUUGAGUUUCCUUCUCUGCUCCUGAACACACACCCUUCCUGCAUGGGGCCUGGAAGGGCUCUUUGCGAAUUUUUGCUUUAAUCUCUCAAAUGCCGGUUUUGUUUCUCAAGUAGUUCCAGAACCAAGAACCUGGGAGACGAUGCUGUCACAGCAGACAAGGGCACUCAGCUGUGCCUCAUGUCUCCAAACAGCCGGCCAUGAUUUACAUCUCCAGCCUGACCCAGCACAGGACAGGACAGAGAAUAUUAUAGUUCCUUCUCACCCACUUCCAAAACUAUCCCAGGACCUCAGAGCUUAAUGCCUACCAGACUCAUUAAGGAUGAACUGUGUUGGCUCCAGCAGACCUGGAUUUUUUCAGAUCCCUUAAAAAACCAUUCUUUCAGAGGAAACUUGCAAGUGUACAUUUCUGGUGAGGUUUGCAUGUGGUGUGACACAGGACGGGGAGCCAUCGAGUCCCCUUCCCCUUGGUUUAGGCCAAGAAGCAGCUGGUGUGCUGCUUGCUUCCAGGAGAGAUGGGGAGGAGCAGUGGGGCAGAGCUGCAUGGUGCCACUGCUUUGUCCUUCGUGCACCCUGCCAGCUGCAGCUCUUACACCCCGGGCACUGCCAUGUACCUUUUCAGCACAGAGCACGGUGUACAUCCCCCCUGCACUGCCACAGCCCUCCAAGGUGGUUAUGGCUCCUGAAACAACUAAACUCCCAGGACCCAUUGCUCACCUCCUGGAUCCCAUCUGGCCCCUCUGUGCUAAUGAAAUCAGCAUCUUGCUUUUCAAGCCU